AUGACGGUCAAUCGAGCCUCGAUUGUGGGCACGGGAAGUGCUGGCCCUCACAUAGCAUCCCUCUUGGACCAUGGGUCUGCCAACCACCGCCCUCGACGCCAAUCCGCGCUGGAUCUUGCCAGGAAGCCAGGUCGUCGCAUACAAACCCGCAAGUCCGCCUCCGACCUUUUGGACGACGAGGACAUCAAGCGCCAGCUCUACAACCCCAUCCUGGCGCCACAUCUGCAGAAGCGUCCUCCCACCAGCGAUGGCGUCUCUGAUCUAAUUGACUUCUUACGGAACCAGACACCACCACCGGAUCACUUCAUGUCAAUGCCGGAUCAUCCUGACGGUGAGGAGCGAGGACGGAGCUGGGCUCGAUGGAAGAAGGGUGCUCGUCGUAAUACCGCCGUCUCUGGUACAACAAUCGGAGGGCACCGCCAUAUUGCCAUCACCAUCCCCCUUGACGCAGUUCCCAUGGGGGAUGUUCCACGUUCUCAAUAUCCAGUCUAUCAAAAAGAAGCCGCAAAGCCCAAUGGCUUGAAUCAGAACCCUGUUCGGGCGUAUGUGAAUGAGAGAGGCGUCGUGACAGUGCUCCGAACUGUCAAGGAGGACCGCGAGACCUCGAACUCGUCCAAUUGCUCUGAAGUGCCUGCUCAGAAGCAAUCUCCCAUUACUAUCCUUCCGCGGACUCCUUCUUAUGGAAAUUCGCGUCAAAACACCAAGGGCUAUCUCAGUGUUCCACCAAGUCGUGGCUCGGUCAACGGCUCCAUCCAGGAAACCCCCCAGAGACUGCAGGGAACCUCAAGAGGCUACCCGGCACGUGCCUCUUCAAUAAACAACCGUCCCAUUCCGCCACCACAGCAUGUGUCCAUUGAGGGGGUUCUUUCCAAAGGGAGUGCCACCGUUACUUCUACUGAUAUUAAAACCGCCCUCCAGAACACGCGGCCUGUGUCGAGAUCCAAGGCCGCUCCUGAGUCCAGAGUAUCCCGCCUGUUAGGUUCACCGAUCGACUUGGAUUCCAAGCCACUACCAUCUCUCCCACCUAAAGAAGAGCAGGAGAAGGAGGCCGAGCCACGUAUGUCGGCUUCAUCCCAAGAGGAAACAGCCCUUCAUCGUUCCCACUCCACCAAAAGCCGGCGAGAUCGAGUUCGCGAUCGCAAGCGACGAGACAUAGAGGCACAUUUGAAUACGAAGACGCUCCCGCAGGACGAAUCAAGAAGGCUCCAGACCCCUGUACACGACAGUGAGCCCCAGAUUUCUAGAGAGCCUGAAGUUGUCAACAGCCAAGAGAGCGCCGCCAGCUUCCCAACAUUUAUUCCAAUCCAAGUGGUGUGCAGCUUGGAGCCAACACCGGCACCCGACGAGACUGUUCCAGCUGCGCCACCAAGAAUGAGCCUCCGGCCCGAACCCAAGACCCCCACUAGACAGAUCAUCAACCUAGAAGAUGAUCUGAACGAUGCAUCUAUUUCCCAAAAACCAUUGGCAGAAGGCCACUUGAACUCGUCCAACGAUCCCACUCCUCCCCUAUCAGCCAAGGGCUCGCCCGUCCGGAGACACAGCGCGCUUGACCGAACCUCGCUCUCCCGUCGACGUGAAUGGAGGGCAUCUCGAGAGACGGAGCGGCAAAACCGGGAGGCACGGGCUACGAUGCAGGCAAGAGCUAGAAAGCUAGCCAUGGAGGUCGGGGACAGGGCGAAGGAGGAGACCCCCGCGCUGGACAAGGAAAUUAUGCGGCUGUAUGAGGCAUACCGAGAACAUCGGUUCCGUGAUAUGGAACGCCGACUACGACGACUAGAACGGAACGGCGAUGUUUGGCUCCGUGCCCUGGUUCCAGUCCUCGACAGCCUCAACCAGUCCGUGGUCACCUCCAAUCGUGAGGAGCCUGAGGCCCGAGGAUGGGCAUCAGAUGGCGAAGAAUCGGCCGCACAUGCCAUCAAGAAAGAAGCUCAAAGGCGCGCGUCUGCUUCUAUCCGCAGAUCAAACAGCGCGCAAUCAUACAGAAAUGCUCGUGAGCAAGGGCUCGUGCAGAAGCUAGAAGAGGUUCUGGAGGACGACAUGGAGAGCCGAUGCUGCAGCUCCAGAGGCAGCGAUGAAGUGAGCGGCCUGGACAUAAUCGAGCCUCUGAUGAGAGAGUUGGCUGGGGCAGCCAAGGUCAGGCGGAUGAGAUCCCACGAGCUACUACACGCCUACUAA